AUGGCUAACUUUGCUAUAGCCAAUGUUUUGAUACUUCUCUUGAACUUGAGUACCUUACUCAAUGUUCUUGCUUGUCCUUAUUGUCCCUACCCUUCUCCUAAACCACCAACACACAAACCUCCUAUUGUUAAACCACCAGUUCAUAAACCACCAAAACCACAACCUUGUCCACCUCCUUCUUCAUCACCAAAACCACCACAUGCUCCAAAACCUCCUCACUAUCCAAAACCACCAGCAGUUCAUCCACCUCAUGUUCCAAAACCUCCAGCAGUGCAUCCACCUCAUGUCCCAAAACCUCCAGUAGUGCAUCCACCUUAUGUACCAAAACCACCAGUUGUUAAACCACCACCGUAUGUCCCUAAACCACCAGUUGUUAAGCCACCUUAUGUCCCUAAACCACCUGUUGUGAAACCACCUCAUGUCCCUAAACCACCUGUUGUUCCAGUAACACCACCUUAUGUUCCUAAGCCACCACCAGUUGUUUUUCCACCUUAUGUCCCUAAACCACCCGUUGUUCCUGUAACACCACCUUAUGUUCCUAAGCCACCAAUAGUUUUUCCACCACAUGUUCCUCUUCCACCAGUUGUUCCAGUAACACCACCUUAUGUUCCUAAGCCCCCAAUAGUUUUUCCACCACAUGUUCCUCUUCCACCAGUUGUUCCAGUAACACCACCUUAUGUUCCUAAACCACCAAUUGUUUUUCCACCAUUUGUUCCUCUUCCACCAGUUGUUCCAGUAACACCUCCUUAUGUUCCUCUUCCUCCAGUUGUACCAGUAACACCACCUUUUGUACCAAUACCGCCUAUUAUUACACCACCGACACCAACAGUACCAGUUCCUAGUCCCCCUAGUGAAACACCAUGUCCACCUCCACCACCACCCGUUGUACCUUAUCCACCACCAGCACAACCAACAUGUUCCAUUGAUGCUUUGAAGCUAGGUGCAUGUGUUGAUGUGCUUGGUGGUCUCAUACAUAUUGGAAUCGGUGGAAGUGCUAAACAAACAUGUUGUCCAUUACUUCAAGGACUCGUAGAUUUGGAUGCUGCUGUGUGUCUUUGCACCACUAUUAGACUCAAGCUUCUUAAUAUCAACCUUGUUAUUCCCCUUGCUCUUCAGGUGCUUAUCGAUUGUGGCAAAACUCCACCAGAAGGAUUCAAGUGUCCAUCAUCAUAG